AGAGCUGGAGUUUACGGAAUAGCUGCUUGGAGCCUCAGCUGGAAAAGAGCAACACACAUUAACACAAUGGGACAUAUAUUACUGUUAUUGAUGCUUUCCAUUCCCAUAUUAUGUCUGACGGAUGGAGCCGAAACAGAACAAGAUUUCACCUGGCACUUGAAGAAGGUACCCCAGAUUGUGAGUGAACGGACUUUCUCCCUUGACAGCCCUAAAUUUGAGGCAAAAGCCAAAUUAGAAUUGAGUAAUGUGUGUGGAAUUGAAUGCCAAAGGAGACUCCCAGUGCCAAGCUUGUCUGACCUGAAGGAGUUUCUGUCCUAUGAGACUGUUUUCGAGAAUGGCACACGGACCCUGACUCAUGUGAAUGUUCUAGGGCUAGCAGUUGACGCAGCCAAGAACGCCACCACAAGAACGUCCUCAAGAAGAAAGAGGCAGAUAUAUGGCACAGACAGCAGAUUCAGCAUCUCUGACAAGCGGUUCAUGACCAACUUCCCUUUUAGCACAGCUGUGAAGAUUUCCACAGGCUGCAGUGGCAUUCUUAUUUCCCCCAAGCACGUUCUAACAGCCGCUCACUGUAUUCAUAAUGGCAAGGAUUACAUCAAGGGCAGCAAAAAGCUGAGGGUGGGAUUGCUGAAGAUGAGAUCUAGAGGUGAGGGCAAGAAACGCAGAGGUGCUCAAAGGGGUAAGAGAGAUGUUUCUGUGGCAAGAGAUCACAGUGAGCAUACCUCAGAAUUGAAGCAGAGAUCCAAAGGUCGUGGCAGAAAACAAAAGGCAACAGGGAGGAGUCAGAAAACCUCUGAUAGUAAACCUUCCUUCCAGUGGACCAGAGUAAAGAGUACCCAGAUCCCAAAAGGCUGGUUUGAAGGCGUAACUGGGGAUGUUUCCCUGGAUUAUGAUUAUGCUGUUCUUGAGCUCAAGCGCCCUCACAAAAAGAAAUAUAUGGAGCUGGGAAUCAGCCCAACAAUCAGAAAGAUGCCUGGUAGCAUGAUCCACUUCUCAGGUUUUGAUGAUGAUCGAUCUGGACAGUUGGUCUAUCGAUUUUGUAGUGUGUCUGAUGAAUCCAGUGAUCUCUUCUACCAGUACUGUGAUGCUGAGCCUGGGUCUAUUGGCUCUGGAGUCUAUCUCCGCCUUAAAGAGCCAAACAAGAAGAAAUGGAAACGCAAGAUCAUUGCUAUUUAUUCAGGUCAUCAGUGGAUGGAUGUCAAUGGUGUGCAGCAAGAUUAUAAUGUAGCAGUACGAAUUACUCCUCUCAAGUAUGCCCAGAUUUGUUUCUGGAUACAUGGGAAUGAUGAGAAUUGUACACAAGGCUGA